AUGUCAUCUUCUGAAGAAUUUCAGACUAUUUUUGAUACCGUUAUUGCGAGUGUUCAAAUGGCGGAACAAACAUACAACGUUGUAUGUAACAACGCAGCUGCAAGUUCUCAACAGAGUAGGGAUGUCAACGGGGGCAAACGGGACGAUUCUUCUUUUCAAGGGCGUGGAACGCCAUAUAAGUAUGGUUAUUAUCUGGUCGAUGGAAUUUAUCCUGAGUAUGUUGUGUUUGUUAAAUCAUUUACAACUCCACAUGGUUCUAGACGAAAGAAAUUCAAAAGAGCUCAAGAAAGAGCUAGGAAGGAUGUUGAGCGUGUUUUUGGAGCUCUGAAGAAACGGUGGUUCAUAUUGAAAAAACCAGCAACUUAUUUAGGCGAGGAAAAACUUCAAGAAAUCAUGUAUACAUGUCUUAUAUUGCAUAACAUGAUUAUUGAAGACGAAGGAAGAGCGAUAUGUGUGUUUGACGAGGAAGAAACCAUACCAAAGACACAACCAAUAAAAAUUGGUGGCGAAGAGUAUAUAAACAGGAGAGCAGAGAUACGUUGUACUGAAACAUUUCACAAUUUUUGCAAUUACUUGGUGGAACACAAUUACGGGGUUCAAAACAUUAACCUUAAUUUGGAUCCACCGGAUGACCCCAAAGACGAGUUCUCGGAGAACGACUUUAUGUAG